AUGCCAGUUCUGGACCGAGAGCCCUCAAAAGAUUUAGGGGGCGGAGAUUGUCUGCCAAAGCUGCCGCUCCCCACCCUGAAAGACACACUGGACAUGUACCUGAGGUGCAUGAAGCACCUGCUCACUGAGGAGCAGUUCAAUAAAACCCAAAACACAGUGAAGCAGUUUGGAGCCCCUGGAGGAGUGGGGGAGCUACUGCAGAGCAAACUCGUGGAGAGGAGGGAGUGCAAGGCCAACUGGGUGUAUGACUACUGGCUGAAUGACAUGUACCUCAACAACAGACUGGCUCUGCCCGUCAACUCCAGCCCUGUGAUGGUUUUCCCAGAGCAGCACUUCAGAGCUCCCAUCGACUCUUUAAGGUUUGCUGCACACCUAAUAUCUGGAGUUUUGGAGUACAAGACUCUUCUUGAUGCACGUGCUCUGCCAGUAGACUACGCUCGGGGCCAGCUGGCUGGAACCCCUCUGUGUAUGGAGCAGUAUUAUCGCCUGUUCACCUCCUACCGCCUACCGGGGCCUGAGAGGGACACACUCGUGGCCCAAGAGAGUAGUGUGAUGCCAGAACCUGAACACAUCAUUGUGGCUUGUAAAAACCAGUUCUUCGUGCUGGAUGUGGUGAUCAAUUUCCGCCGACUGAAUGAAAGAGACCUGCUGACUCAGCUGGAGAAGAUUGUCAAAAUGGCUGACAGUGAAGAAGAGCGACUCCCACCUAUUGGUCUUCUCACUUCAGAUGGACGGACAGAGUGGGCUGAGUCUCGCAGUGUGCUCAUGAGAGAAUCAACCAACAGGGACUCCCUCGACAUGAUCGAGCGCUGUCUGUGUUUGGUCUGUAUGGAUGACGCCAGUGGGCCUGAGCUAAGUGACACCACGCGGGCCAUGUUGAUGCUGCACGGAGGAGGAGUGGCCAAGAAUGGGGGCAACCGCUGGUACGACAAGCCCAUGCAGUUUGUCGUAGGAGCUGACGGCUGCUGUGGAGUUGUGUGUGAACACUCGCCAUUUGAAGGGAUUGUCCUUGUGCAGUGCACAGAGUAUCUGCUCAAAUACAUGACUGGCAGUCCAUCAAAGCUGGUGAGGGCUGCAAGUGUGAGCGAGCUGCCUGCACCACGCAGGCUCCGCUGGAAAUGUACUACGGAGAUUCACAAACUCCUCGCCUCAUCUGCUGACAAACUCCAGAGGAUGGUGAGAAAUCUUGACAUGAAUGUCCACAAGUUCUUCAAUUACGGGAAAGAGUUCAUCAAAAAGCAGAAAAUGAGUCCAGAUGCCUACAUCCAGGUUGCUCUUCAGUUAACCUACUACAGAUGUCAUGGCAGAGCUGUGUCGACCUAUGAGAGUGCUUCCAUACGGCGUUUUCAGGAGGGCAGAGUUGACAACAUCCGCUCAGCCACACCAGAAGCCCUGGCCUUUCUCAAAGCAAUGACUGAUGGGAAACUGAGCACAAGCGAUGCAGAAAAGAUGGAGUUGUUACGAGGUGCCAUAACUGCACAGACAAAGUAUACUAUUCUGGCAAUUACGGGGAUGGGAAUAGACAAUCAUUUACUAGGAUUACGUGAAAUCGCACAUGAACUGAACAUGGAGAAGCCAGAGAUAUUCAAAGAUGAGGCUUAUCUCAUCAGUAAUCAGUUCAUUCUCUCUACAAGUCAGGUUCCCACUACUGUUGAGAUGUUCUGCUGCUACGGACCCGUGGUUCCAAACGGAUACGGCGCGUGCUACAACCCUCAGUCAGACCACAUCAUCUUCUGUGUGUCCAGUUUCCGCGAGAGCUCGCAGACGUGCUCAGCAGAAUUUGUCAAGUGUCUGGUGCAGGGACUCCUGGACAUGAGGGAUUUGUGCAAUAAAUGCAACUCCAGCGCCAAUCCAUCAGAGCAAAGAAAGGGUCAGACUCUGGAGAUGCAUACACAAACGGAAACAAACUGGCAGAGCAAAACACAGCAGAGACCAGUUGACCUGAGCAAACAUCAGCAAACCCUGCCACAAGUUCUAGUGAAGGCACCAGACCAGACUAAAGUGGAGGCUCAAACCCAAACCUCAACACAAGCAGAGCCACAAGCUUUGAAGAACGAAAGUAAAUCAUAGAAAACUGUUGAUGCCAUUGAACACAGUGGUAGUGUGAUUUUAGAUGUAUUCCUUUUGAGUCCUUCACAAACUAUACAGUGAUAAAAUGAUACAAAAUGUUACGUAAAACCUGUAUUGUUAUAUACUGUUUUGUAAAAGUGUUGUUGAGAAUCUAAUCUGCUCAUUCUUGGAGAAUAUUAGAGUUGUUAGGUUAUUAUAGAAGACCUUUCUGCUGCUGUCACAAAAAACACCCAAUACACACAGGUUAUUAAAACGUCUGUCAAAAUGGCUUCUGUGGGUAAAAAAAAAAAAAUCAAGCCAAAUUUGGGCUUUUGAUUGUUGUUUUGCACUAAAUUGAGAUGAAUCAGCCAAAAAAGUAAAUGUAUUGUUGGGGGACGAUCAGUGCAGUUGUGGUUGGUGGUAAAUGAGAAAACGUUAAUAUGGGAAAAGAGAUACAAACAUACACAGAGGUUCAUUCUCUCUUUUACAUAUCUGCAUCAUUUCCUCCAUGACACCUGUCAGUCAGUGUGAUGAGGCAAACAUAGUCUGUGAGUUAUGAUAAAUGGCCGACCAUCUCACUAUAUGUCAACUUGCAAAUAGCAUGCGGCUAUCUGAUGAUUUCCUGAAGAUUAUGGUAAAACUAGAAUCUCCUAUGCAAAUAUCAUUUGUGUUGUCUUCAUAAAUUGUUGUGUCUAUUGUACCAACAGUACAUGUGGUAUUACUAAAAUGUCUGUUUAAAAAAAGUAUCCUUUCAUAAAAUCAGUAAUCAUAUCUUUAGACAAUUAGCUCAUAUCGCAGUGUAUCCCAUAUACUAGGACUUACACUGUGCUAGUGUAAAGGGAAAG